CCAGAAGCUACGGUUCAGAAGACGUGAGGGCAUCUCCUCGACCUUCACUGAGCUAAACACUUGGAGAGACUUCAGGAGGAAAGGACUUCGAGAAAGCCUCCGCCCCCACCUCCAGCCGCACAGGGCUCUCAGCCUUUUCCUGCCUGCCGCUCACCUCUGCUCCCUGAGGUCUGGAAGCUCCCAAGAUCUGAAGUCUGGUCUGGUGAAACCCCUCCCUCCUCUGCUUGCCUAAUUCAAUGGGAGGCUCUUAAAAGUUUCACCUCCUCUGAGAGAGUUGGGGAGAAGAUCUUCAUGCAGGAUUAAAUUUCAGGAGGCUGCAAACUACCCGAAGAGAAAGGCAAAACCACUCAGACCUGAAGCAAUGAAAACCCCAAGGAGAAUCACGCUGUGCUUCCUGUUCCUUGUGAUCUGUCCUUCCGAAGCUACACUGGACUCGAACUUGGAAACGCCUGUUCACCCUUUGAUUCUCCAUGAACCUGGACAGAUGGGUGAAGAGUUUCUAAGGCAAAAACGAGCAGCUGUGACCAGUGGACCUGUGGCGGAAGAGUUCACUGUGGACAUCGAGAUCAGUUUUGAAAAUGUCUCCUUCCUGGAGUCCAUCAAAGCUCACGUGAACAGCCUCCGUUUGCCAGUUCAAGGAAACAACACCGACCCUGUUACUGACAUUUUGAGCGUGACAGUAACCACAGUCUGCAGACCUUCUGGAAAUGAAGUCUUGUGCUCCUGCGAGACAGGUUAUGUGUGGCCUCGGGACAGGUGCCUCCACAGUGUCACGUGUCAAGAGCUUGACAACUCCUUCUCAGGGCACUACUGUAAUUGUCUAAAAGGACUUCCUUCCAAGGGACCUUUCUGCCAGCUCCCAGAAGGAUAUGUUACCCUGAAGAUAAAAGUCCGACUGAAUGUGGGAUUUCAAGCGGAUCUUAAGAACACAUCCUCUGCCCUCUAUAAGUCCUACAAGACUGACUUGGAACGAGCGUUCCAAAAGGGUUACAGCAUUUUACCAGGAUUCAAAUCGGUGACUGUCACGCAGUUCACCCAGGGCAGUGUGGUCGUGGACUAUGAGCUGCAGGUGACAUCGCCACAACCCGGAUCAAUUCAUAGAGCCAAUCAGAAGGUCCUGCAGCACCUUAACCAGACCUAUAGGAUGGACUACAACUCUUUUCAAGGGGUGUCUAACAAUGAGACUAAGUUCACGGUCAUACCAGAAGUCAUCUUCGAAGGAGACACGGUGACUCUGGAGUGUGAAAAUGAAAUUCUGUCCUCCAACGUGUCUUGGUAUUAUGGGGAGAAGCGCUCAGACAUCCAGAACAGCAACCGAUUCUCAAUUUACACCACAGUGCUGAACAACAUGAGCUCAGUAUCCCGCCUCACCAUUUACAACUUCACUCAACAUGACGCUGGUGAAUAUGCUUGCAAACUGAUACUGGAUAUUUUUGAGUAUGGGGCUGCCAAAAAGAUAGAGGUGACGCCCAUUCGAAUUUUAGCCAAGGAUGAAAGGAAAGUGGUGUGUGACAACAACCCCAUAUCACUGAAUUGCUGCAGCGAGAACGUCGCAAACUGGAGCAGAGUUGAAUGGAAGCAGGAAGGGAAAAUAAGCAUUCUAGGAAGCACCGAGACGGACCUGGAGUCCAGCUGCAGCACGUACACCCUCCAGGCCGACGGAACCCAGUGCCCAAGUGGCUCUUCUGGGACAACUGUCAUCUACACGUGUGAGUUCAUCAGCAUCUACGGAGCCAGAGGCAGUAGGAACACAGCCGUGACAUUCAUCUCUGUGGGAGAUAAUCCCAGCCUCAAAGGGGAAGUACGCGAGGUCCUAAGGCAUGUGAUGGAAGUGAGUACAGUUCAGAGCACCACCGCCUACAGCCUAGACACGAGUAAAACCCAGGACCAGCCAGCCAACCUAACAAUAACCCCGGACCCAAUUUCUGUUUCUGAGGGACAAAGCUUUUCUAUAAAAUGCAUCAGUGAUGUGAGUAACUUUGAUGAGGUAUAUUGGAACACUUCAGCUGGAAUUAAGAUACAUCAGAGGUUCUUUACCACGAGGAGGUAUCCUGAUGGAGCCGAGUCCAUACUGACCGUGAAGACCUCCACCCAGGAGUGGAACGGAACCUACCACUGCAUCUUUCGAUACAAGAACUCAUACAGUAUUGCCACCAAAGACGUCACCGUUCACCCCCUGCCUCUGGAGUCCGACAUCAUGAUCGAUCCUUUGGAAGCUAGCGGUCUGUGCGGGGGCUCCCAUCACUUCCAGUGCUGCGUGGAGGAGGAUGAAGAUUACACAGUGAUGUUCCAAGUGGAUUCCUCGUUCUUUCCUGCUGCAAAAGAAGUUAAUGGAAAGCAAGUAUGCUACAAAUAUCAUUUCCCAGCAAGCACAGUUCCCUGGUGUCCAAAAGAUAUCGCCGUGUUUUGUCACUUUACCAACGCUGCCAAUCAUUCAGUCCGGAGUCCAUCUAUGAGACUGUCUUUGGUUCCAGGGCAGAACAUCACGUGCCAGGAUCCCGUCAUCGGUGUUGGGGAGCCGGGGAAAGUCAUUCAAAAGAUGUGCCAAUUCUCCAGUGUUUCCAAAAGCCCCGGCCACGCCAUUGGCGGGAUUGCCUCGUACACAUGCGUGGGCUCCCGGUGGAAGGAAGAGAGGAAAGGAUGCAUCUCUGCGCCAAUCAACGGGCUGCUCCAACUGGCCAAGGCUUUGAUCAAGAGCCCCUCACAGGACCAGAAGCUCCCUACAUACCUGAAGGAUCUUUCUGUGAGCACCGGCAAGGAGGAACACAACAUCCGCUCAUCUCCCGGGAGCCUGGGAGCCAUCAUCAACAUUCUUGAUUUGCUCUCGACGGUUCCGGCCCAGCUGAGCUCAGAAAUGAUGAAGGAUGUGCUCUCCACCGUGAAUGUCAUCUUGGACAAGUCCAUCUUGAGCUCCUGGGAGAACUUACAGCAGCAACAGACCAACCAGAGCUCCCAGCUGCUGUCUUCGAUGGAGAGAUUCUCCCAGGCACUGAGGUCUGGAGACAGCACCCCUUCCUUCCUGUUCCACCCCAACGUUCAGAUGAAGAGCAUGGUGGUCAAGCACGGCCGCCCUCAAAUCUACCAGCAGAAGUUCGUCUUCACGGACUCUCACCUCUGGGGUGACGUGACCGUGGAUGAGUGCCAGGUGGGCAACUUGCAGCAUGACUCAUCUAUCGUCACCGUGGCUUUCCCGACUCUCAAGGCCAUCCUGGCUCAGGAUGUCCGGAAGAAAGCCUACCCCGACAGCUUGGUGAUGACGACCACCGUCAGCCACGAGCUCACCAAGCCCUUCAAGAUCUCCAUGACUUUUAGCGACAACCACCGUGCAGGUGGGAAACUGCAGUGUGUCUUCUGGAACUUCAGCCUUGCCAACUACACAGGGGGGUGGGACAGCAGUGGGUGCUCUGAGCCCGAGAUCACCAGAGACAGCAUCUCCUGUACCUGUGACCACUUAACGUCCUUCUCCAUCCUCAUGUCCCCCGACUCCCCAGACCCCGGCUCCCUCCUGCAAAUACUGCUGGAUAUCAUUUCUUACAUCGGACUGGGCUUUUCCAUCCUGAGCUUAGCAGCCUGUUUAGUUGUGGAAAUCGUGGUGUGGAAAUCCGUGACCAAGAACCGGAUUUCCUACAUGCGCCACAUCUGCAUCGCCAACAUCUCCGUCUCCCUUCUCAUCGCUGACAUCUGGUUUAUGGUGACCGCUGCCAUUGACAACGGGCACUACCCGCUCAGCAAGACGGCCUGUGUGGCCGCCACUUUCUUCAUCCACUUCUUCUACCUGAGCGCCUUCUUCUGGAUGCUGACGCUGGGCCUCAUGCUCUUCUACCGCCUGAUGUUCAUCCUGCACGACGCCAGCAAGUCCACCCAGAAGGCCAUCGCCUUUUCCCUCGGCUACGUGUGCCCCUUGAUUAUCGCCGUCGUCACCUUAGGGGUGACGCAGCCUCGUGAAGUCUACACAAGGAGGAACGUGUGUUGGCUCAACUGGAAGGAGACCAAGGCCCUGCUGGCCUUCGUUGCCCCAGCCCUGAUCAUCGUGGUGGUGAACUUGACCAUCACGAUCAUCGUCAUCACCAAGAUCCUGCGGCCUUCCAUCGGGGACAAGCCAAACAAGCAGGAGAGGAGCAGCGUGUUCCAGAUCAGCAAGAGCAUCGUGGUCCUCACGCCGCUCUUGGGCCUCACCUGGGGUUUUGGCUUUGCCACAGUGUUGGAAGAGAGCAACACUGUGUUCCACAUCAUAUUCACCCUCCUCAACGCCUUCCAGGGAUUAUACAUUUUGCUCUUUGGAUGCCUCUGGGACCAGAAGGUGCAGGAAGUUUUGCUGAAAAAGUUCUCAUUGUCAAGAUGGUCGUCUCAACACUCAAAGUCCACAUCCCUAGGCUCAUCCACACCUGUGUUUUCUAUGAGUUCUCCAAUAUCAAGAAGAUUUAACAAUCUUUUCGGUAAAACAGGAACAUAUAAUGUGUCCACUCCAGAAACGACCAGCUCAUCCCUGGAAAACUCAUCCAGUGCCUAUUCAUUGCUCAACUAAGUCCAGGAGAAUUCAGCCUUCAUGACGUGUUGGAAAAACAGUGGUGUGUUCUGAGGAAAAAAAAAACAAAACAGGAAAAUUCAACCCUUAUGACCUGUGGGAAGCAGCAGCUGUGUCCUGGAAAAGUGACCUGACCCAUCCAAAGCUAUGGGUCAAGUCGUCUCUCCACAGGCUUCCUGGAGCAGAUGCUGAAGGGACAUUUUUCAUUAGAGAAGACGGUUUGUUUUGUAAAGACAGAUGAAAAGUAAUUGUCAUGUGAUUUUCUGCUCCCCACCCGAACCCUUUGUGCCAAGCCAAAUGUGUAUAGUAUUUAAGUCAAACUCAAAUCCCCAAGGCCUAACUUUUCUCUAUAUAUUGUAAAAUAGAACUUUGAAGAGACUCUUUUUUUUUUUUUUUUAAUCCUUCACUUUUUUUUGGCCAUUGACUACAAAGAUAAGCUUUGGUUAGAAUAAUAAGUGAAAAGCUAAUACCUUGGAAAUACUUUGGUGAGUGGAAGGAAGAAAAUAAGGAGCGAAGAGAGUGAGGGAAGGAGGGAGGGAGGGAGGGAGGGAGAGGACAAGGACAAGGACAUGUUGCAAUACCAAGAAGAAAAACGUGUGGGUCCAAAUUCGGUGUGGAAAGUAAAUGCUAGCGAAUGAGUUUGGUAUCUUUCUGCUGUUUUCCUUGCUAAGAAGGAUAAACAAAAGACAGCAAGAGCCGGGCAUGGUGGAGUGUGCCUUUAAUCCCAGCACUCGGGAGGCAGAGGUAGGAGGAUCGCCGUGAGUUCAAGGCCACCCUGAGACUACAUAGUGAAUUCCAGGUCAGCCUGGGCUAGAGCUGAGACUCUACCUUGAAAAAAAACAGACAGUGGGGGAAAAAAUAGGAAGGAAAUUACACCAUCAGGAUGUUUCCAGGUGGGUGAAAAUAUCUAUAAGCAAUUCUCCUGACAGUAAACUUGUGCAUAUAUAACUUUGUAGAUCAAGGUCGGAGCUAAGUGGAACGAACAUGCAGAGAAAGUGUUGACAACAGAUUUUGUCAGAUCCAAGGGCUGAUCAAUUGUUUAUUGCUCAUCAGCAAAGUCUUAUUGUUUGUUCAUUCCACAUGUCGAAAGCUACGUAUACUAUUAUAUUUUAUACCCAGUCAUUGACAAAUGUGAUCUAUUGCACUGAACACAAGCUCCGGCUGUCUUAGAAGUAAUAGCUUUACCCAGGUACUUCUCUGCGCAUGGUAGAAUAGAUUUUAAUCAUCCCGUGGCAUUGUACAUGAUUCCCGUUGUUGUGGCUGUUAUUGUUACUGUAGGAAUGCUGGUCCUUGGCGUGUUGUAUAGCUUGCUGUGUAUUGUAUUUUAGUCUUUGUGAUCCGAGACCAAUAUACAUUAAGAGUUUCUACA